GGGCAUAAACUCCUUCCACAGUUUCUGUUCCUGGGACCCACAUGAGUACAUGCCGCGCCCCGUCCUGCCAUCCUGGCCUCUGAUGGACGAGACAAUGGACAAUGGUGAGGCUGAACACCAGCAGCAACGUGCGGUUACACCGCCAGCACCCGCCUCCAUGUGUCGAUGCACACAUCGUUUUUAGUAUCGCAUUACCAUCUGAAAGCAUUUGGACCUUGUUUUUAAAAGCACAGGUCACGCUUGGUUGAGGCAUUGACAGAGCCCGUGUUUACCACUGGCCGGUGUAUGCUGUACUGUUGUCUCUCCUGUGCUGGCCCGUGGCCAGGGCACCGGCGCUGCUAAACACACACGUGUAUGCGGAGUGCCAGCUUCCCCGGGGGGAGGAGGAGGAGGAGGCGGUAUAUCACAACACUUAUCAGCUUUGGUUGGGUCGCGGGGGAAUGAGUCCUGACAAGCCAACAUCUGCAACGUUCGGCAGCGAGUGACCGGUUGAAUUGUGAGCGAGGGAGAGGAAGCGAUGAGUUACGUGUCCACGCUUCGCAUCAGAUUGCAGAAAGCCUCCAGGCCGGCGGGCAGGGCAGGCGAUGCGAGCAACAGGUCUAUGUCGGCAGCCCAGGCCGAGGGCGGAGCGGGGGAGCCGCGGGCAGAGUGCCCGGUUUUCACAAAACCCCUGACGGAUGUCACAGCUGAUGAAAGCAGCACCAUCGUACUGCAGGGCACAGUUGUUGGAACAAGUCCAAUCACCAUCUCCUGGUUACUAAAUGGUAAGGCUGCAAAGUUUGGCCGUGCUUCUGUCAGUGAUGGUGUUGCUCAGUGGGUGAUUGAGGACUGCUUGCCAGAGGAUGCUGGCACGUAUGUGUGUGUUGCAGAAAGUCCCUGGGGAAGAGUAUCAAGCAGUGCAACAGUGACCAUUCAAGACUUUGAAACGCUUCAACGGUCAAAACAGUUACCCAAAGAGUUGAAAAGUACUAACUGUGAGGGCGGCUUUGGUAAAACCCAUUCAGGACAUGGAGCAAGUGGUUACAGCUUGCAAUGCCAGGGUGAAAAGGCACCAUUUUCACCAGGUCUUUUGUGUUCAGAAGAUAGGAAUCAAAAGAUGAAGAGCAAAAGUUUUCCUAACGAAAACGAAGAGGAGGAGGAGGAGGAAGUGGUGGAGUUUUGUGUAACAAUCAACACCUCUCAGAAGCUAACUGACCUGUAUAUACAGCAGGAGUGUCUUGGAGUAGGAGCGUUUGGUAAAGUGUACAAGUUGUUGGGAAAAUCUAGCGGAAAGAUCCGAGCAGGCAAGUUUUACAAAGCCCGCACACUUAAAGACAAGAAGAGCGCUCGUGAUGAGAUUGAGAUCAUGAACUGUCUACACCACCCAAAGUUGGUGCAGUGCCUUGAUGCAUUCGAGAGCAUAUCUGAGAUUGUCAUGGUGAUGGAAUAUGUGUCUGGAGGGGAGCUCUUUGAGCGUAUUGUGAACGAGGAUUUUGAGCUGACAGAGCCGACCUGCAUCUCGUACAUCUGCCAGAUCCUACAAGGGGUGAGCUUCAUGCACCAACAAAGCAUCGUGCACCUGGACCUGAAGCCGGAGAACAUUGUGUGUGUCAACAAGGACAGCACACGUAUCAAAAUAAUUGACUUUGGACUGGCCCGGAAACUCGAUUUAAAUGGGUCCCUGAAAGUCAUGUUUGGAACACCAGAGUUUGUGGCACCAGAAGUCAUCAAUUAUGAUUCUGUCGGAUUUCCUACAGACGUUUGGAGCAUUGGUGUUAUCUGUUACAUCCUGCUGAGCGGCUUGUCUCCAUUCCAAGGUGACAGUGAUGCGGACACCCUGACUAAUGUCACUGCCGUUUGCUGGGAGUUUGAUGAGGAUGCAUUCGCUGAGAUCUCUGGAAAGGCAAAGCAUUUUAUCAGCCAUUUGCUGCUGAAGGAUAUGAGGAAGCGUUUAGCAUGCGAGGACUGCCUGCAUCAUCCAUGGCUUCAGAGCAGAGAAAAGAGUUCAGCCAAGAUGCUGUCAAAGGACAGAAUGAAGCAAUUCUUAGCCAGGCAGAAGUGGCGGAAAGCAGGAAAGGCACUUCUCGCCCUCAAAAGAUUGGCUUUGCCGUUAAGCAAGCAGGAUGAAUCAGAAUCUGUGCUCGAACCUCAGGACAAAUCCGUGUUGAGUCUGACCCAGCACCAGGAGGAGCUCUCUCUCAAGGAUGAGCAGAUCCAGAGGACACCAUUGUUCAGUAAGAGCUUGCAGGAUGUGGAGGAGCUGGAAAGCAGUGCAUGCUGCCUGCACUGUCACGUUGAAGGUUACCCUGACCCUGAAGUGGUCUGGUACAAGAAUGGUGACGCACUGACUGAGUCCUCCCACUAUCAAAUAGACUAUCAGGAGGACGGGAGCUGCUCGCUGAUCAUCACUAACGUUACUCAGGAAGACUCUGGCUAUUACACAUGCAAAGCAUUGAACGCUCUGGGUGAGAAGACGUGCUCAGCAACAUUGGUUGUCUACCCACUGGAGCUGCCCCACCGCAGUUAGACACAUGGCAUCAGGAGAUGAACAAAUGUGCAGGACGUCACUGCCCACAACUCUGCCCUCAACGUCACUGUGUGAGCGACAGUCACCAGUGAGAAACUAGUAGUCUGCUGCCUGCCUCCAGCCAUUGCUCCCAUGUCAGAGGUCCCUGGCUAUUCUGAAGACACUGGUUGGUGGAGGUUGCUCCCAACCUACACACCACAGUUAUGUGUGCACAUUUCAGGGUAUUGAUGGUCGCAAUUCACACCAUUCCUUGAAUGCCUAGGGUGGGGACUGCCUUUGUAGUGUGGGGACUGCCUUUUAAACAUGUCUCUCAUCCCAUGCUCAGAGUCCAUUGAACACACACAGGAGUAACUAUGCAGCAGCUGAUCCAGAACAUUUAAAACCAUUUCACUCUACUCAUUCCUUGCAGCAAUGGAUAAUGCGGACGCUUGCCGUGUCCAGUUACUUCCUACUUUUUGAUUUGCAGAAGCUGAGGUUUAAACAUUUGGCGGCAUGCUUCACACAGUUAUACACAAAUAUAUUGUAAAUAUUUAGAUUUUGGCAAGGAUUACUGGUCUUAAUGACUACAGGCCUGUCGCACUGACCUCUGUAGUCAUGAAGACCCUUGAAAGGUUUGUGCUGGCUAAGCUGAAAAAUAUAACAGAGCUGGACCCUCUGCAGUUUGCAUAUCAGGCCAAUAGAUCUGUGGAUGAUGCAGUCAAUGCGGGCCUGCACUUCAUCCUCCAGCACCUUGACCACCAGGGGACCUAU